CAAGCCGCAGGAGUUGCUACCGCUAAAGAGCCAGUCAGAGGCAAGCAUUCCUAGCGGGGCGAAAAAGGAAAGCAGGGCAUGGAGGAACGAGGCCGAGGGAGGGACGGCCCAACCUGUCUGUGAGCAGUAGUAGUUCUGCUGUCUGGGCGUCGCUGUCUCCAGCAACAACAGCCAAAGAGUGCAGAGCGAAGGUUGGUUUGGAAGAGAAGAAAGAAAAGCACCUCAGUUCGGAGCGAGGCUUGUGGCUUCUCGAGCCAUGGAGGGAAGAGAAGAUGCCGAGGGAGGCUGCGACGGAGCGUUUGCCGAGGCUCGCCGAUGGGUGGAGGCAGCUACUGGGAAAAGUUUUGGAAACAAGGAUUUCCGUGCUGCUUUGGAAAAUGGAGUCCUCCUGUGUGAUCUAAUUAACAAGAUCAAACCUGGCAUCAUUAAAAAGAUUAAUCGUCUGUCAACACCAAUAGCUGGGCUGGAUAAUAUAAAUGUGUUUUUGAAAGCGUGUGGAAAUCUUGGAUUAAAAGAAGCUCAGCUUUUUCAUCCUGGUGACCUUCAGGAUUUAUCUAAUCGAGUUACUGUCAAGAAAGAAGAAACCAACAGAAGAGUAAAAAAUGUUUUGAUUACCUUAUAUUGGCUGGGCAGGAAAGCACACAGCAACCCAUAUUAUAAUGGCCCACACCUUAAUUUAAAAGCCUUUGAGAAAUUAUUAGGACAAGCCUUGACAAAGGCUCUUGGAGAAUCCAGCAGUCCCAAGCGAAGUGGGAGAGAUAGUGGGUACGGUGAUAUUUGGUACAUUGACCGUAGUGACCCACUUCCAUCAUCUACCAGCCAUAAGAGAGACGACUCCUUUGAUAGCCUAGACUCUCUUGGCUCCAGGUCUUCUGCAAGCUUUUCAUCGGAUAUAACUUUGAAAGGCAGUGAAGAUUGUGAAAGCGACAUGGAUUCUGAAACACGCAUAAAAAUGCAUGACUCCAGUAAAGACGAUAUGUCAUAUCGCAGAGUUUCCGUAAUUGAACCCAAGCCUGCUGCAGAGUUCAAUCGUUUCUUACCCAGCAAAGCCAAACCACCAAUGUAUAUGCCAGCACCCUUGAGGAAGAGGAGGACAGAGAAGAAUGAGGACAAUAGAAGAAGCUGGGCAAGUCCUGUGUUUACUGAGCCGGAUGGAACAUUUUCAAGUAAUCAGAGAAGAGCUUUGGAACAAGAGAUGGAAUGCAGGUCAACAGCUAACGUUCUUUCAGACUUAUCCAGCUAUUUUGAUGAGGAGGAGGAAGAAAAGACAAUAGGCACUCCAGACAUUGAAACAGAUGACCUUUAUGUUCGCAAAAUAAAUGCUGCUAUGCCAAACUUAAAAGUAUCCUCUCAUAAGUUUCUUCCUAAGUCUUGGACUCCAGGGGAAGAAUUGCACUGGAAAAAAGCAAAGAGAAUAUCUUUCCCCAAACAGUGGUAUAAGGAGAUUCAAGGAUUCAGCAAAAGAGCCGAUUCUGAAGAGGACAUAACAAGACUACAGCCAAGCAGUAUCAUCAAGGAUAACUUGGAUAACAGUUGCAGAGAUGACCCAAACAUCAUUAAACAGGCAUCUGGAUAUCCUGCAAAAUCGUUAUCAAAAGCUGCGGAAGGAAAAAAUACUGAUUCCUCUGAUCUGCCAAGUCAGUUUUUAUUUCUCCGGGCGCUGCAAAAAUAUUCUGAUGACUACCUGUCCUGUGAAACUAGAACCAAACUUGAUCCCACUUCAGGCCCUAGACUCAUAACAUGCAGGGGCAAAAAUUAUUUUAGGCAUGGAUGUGAUCGAAUAGACACUGAAAAUGGAUACUUUUAUCCAGAUUUGGAGAAUGAUGAUUUGUUUGUUCGUAAGACUGGUGCUUCCCACGUGAAUCCAGUAAUUCUCCAAGAGUUUGAAUACCUUAAAAAUUCCCUGAAGCAAGGACCUCACUUAGAAGGAGAAAUAGUUCUCCAGCCAAGAGAUGAUGAAUCUUUAAUUCCGGAUUUAGAAAAAGAUGAUCUGACCGUCCGCAAGGCUCAAUUACAGAAAAAAGUGGUACCCUUAUCAGGUGCCCCAGAUAGAUAUCAACCUGCUCUCUUUCCGGAUCCUUGGAGUCUUCCACCAGCAAUCCAGGCCAAAUUUCUCUGUUUGCUUGAGAAGACCACCACAGAUGAGAGAGAAAGUGGUGGGAAGAUCCUAUCAUCAUCUUUGCGACAAAAGAAAGAUGAUAUGCUAGCUCGCAAGAUAGAGCUAUUCAAUGUGGGAGUUAAUGUACAGCCAGUCAGCUUCUCUCCUAGAGCAUGCAGCAAAGAAGAUAUGGAAAAAUGGGAUGCUAUCAGAGAGGCCAGCAAAAUUAGGCACAAGAAACGGCAAAUGGUUGAAAGGUUGUUUCAAAAGAUUUCUGAUGAGCAUGGGAGUAAAUCCUUGAAUGAUGUCAGUGCAGAUGAGUUGCAAACAAUACGUCAGCUGCGUUACGAAGAGCUACAGAGAAUACGGUCCCAGCUACAGGAACAAGAUGAACAAUGGCAAGAUGAUCUGGCAAAAUGGAAAAACCGGCGCAAGAGUUACACUUCUGAUUUGCAAAAGAAAAAGGAGGAGAGAGAAGAAAUUGAACGGAGAUCUUCAGAGAGUUCUGAAAGACGCAGCAAAUCAUUGAGAGAAAUGCAGAAAGACAGGGAGGGAAGAGAUCAAGGGCUUCAUGGUGACAGUCGGCCACAAGCGGAACACAGACACAUGCAUAUGUUAGAUGACAAUGUGUUUAGUGAAGAAAAAACACUUUCAAAACCAUCAAAAGAUCACUUUGUUGAAAAUGAUGCUCCCCAGUGCUUGAAAAACAGUGAAGAAAAUGGUAAUGACAGUGAUCAGAAAAUGAAGACCUGUGCGAGAGUUGAAACUCAUAUUCCACCUAAAAGCAUGAUGGAAGAAAAGAGCCAGUUCCCUUUGUCAACCUACCAUUCAGUAAAUGCGCAAAUUGGGUCAGCUCGGGUUUCAGCUUCUCUCCCGAGAAGUUACCAGAAAACUGAUACUGCCAGGCUAACAUCUGUGGUCACACCAAGGCCUUUUGGUCUCCAUUCUAGAGGAAUUGCAUCGCUUCCCAGGUCGUUUACGAUGGAUGAUGCCCCCAAAUAUAAUGGUGAAAUAGAUGUCUCAAAGGGGGCACAGCGUACAUUCACCAGCAGUUCAUUUUCUAAGCCAGAGGUUGGGUACAGCAUAUCUUCAAGUGAUCUAUCAAGAAGUGUGGAGGAUGACCAGACUAGCACCCAGGAUUCCCCUGCAGAUAAUUCCUCUGCUUCAGUCCAAGUGACAGAUGCUGAUAGGUUUGGUCCUAAAUCAGAGCAUCAUGACUCGGUUACAGCUGCAUCUUCAUUAGCCAAAGAAAGGGACCUUCCAGAGACUGAGGUUUCAAGAGUACAAGGCCAGUACAGUGAUAUGAGAAUCAGUAUAAACCAGAGACCCGGCAGCAGUCGAAGCUUUGGGUUUACAACACACAGGAAUCCUUCUGGAGUCUUUGUAAAGUCAAUAGAAGAAGAUAGCCCUGCAGACUUUUGCCAAUUGAAUGUUGAAGAUGAAAUCCUGUCGCUCAAUGGCACAAAGGUUUUGCAUAUGGACCAGAGUCAGUGGGAGGCAGCCAUCAUCAGUGCACUAGAAACUGGAAACCUCGUUAUGGAUGUUAGACGAUACGGAAAUAAGGACUGGGGCAAAGACCUGCCUUCCCUGCCAUUUGCAAGGCACAAAAUCCUCAAUCUCACCAGUAUGGCUACCGACAUUAUAGGUAUUCCUGAAAACAAGUGGAUUGAUGCAACAUCUGGAGACCGCACUUCAGCCAAAACUCCCAAUAUAUCGGCACAAAAAGACUUGCACUACAGUUUCCAGAAUGAUAUCACAGAAACAAAAGUUAAUGGAAUGCAAGGACAUGCGAGUUCCAAUGAGCAAAAAGACACAGAACCUAUUUCUUUGAAAAACUUAAAAAGGCGAUCACAGUUUUUUGAACAAGGGUCAUCAGGUUUUUCUAACAAUUCAUGGGUCUACCUUUGUGGAGGAUCGGAGCCUGCAAUGCCUGAUCUCCCUGUUCCACCCAUAAGUGCUCCUAGCCGCUGGGCCUGGGAUCAAGAAGAAGAAAGAAAAAGACAAGAGAAAUGGCAGAAAGAACAAGAACGCCUACUUCAGGAGAAAUACCAGCGUGAGCAGGAACGGUUGAAGGAAGAAUGGAUGAAAGCUCAACAAGAGGCUGAAAAAGAAAGCUCCACAUAUGUAAAUGAGGAUCAAACUAUAUUGACAUCCAGUACUGUGUCGAUGACUGCACAAGAGCCAUCUAGCUCCAAAUGGGGAACAAAUGGAAGUGACAAGACUGACUAUUCAGAUGUCAGUAGACAAUGGGAAGAGGAAAGAGAACAGAGGAAGAAGGAAGAAGAAAGGAAAGCUCUUGAGGAGGAACAGAGACUUCAGGAAGAAAUAGCCUUACAGGCAGAACAAGAGAGGAAGCUUCAGGAACUGGACCAUAAGAGGGGACAUAAUGUUCAGGACACCACGUAUUAUGCCGAAGAGCCAAAGUAUCAGGAAAGAACAGAAUGGAAACCACCGGUGGAACAAGUCAAAGAGGUUUCUGUGCAGAGACCCCAAUAUCCAAGGCGUUAUGAAUUAUCAGGAAACUCUGAUGAGCAACUGGGCUACUUCAGUGCUGACAGAACUAAAUCCAGAUCAACUCCAGAUCUAGAUGAUCCCCAUCCCAAUAGAAAUGAUAUGAAGAACAAAUUUUCAGAGCAGUCCUGGAAUUCUGGUGAUUCACAGAAGAAAUCUCAGAAAGACCAUGGUUUGUCACCAGCUGAGCUGGAAAGACAGCAAAUCCUUCAGGAGAUGAGAAAGAAGACAUCCCUUCACACAGACAACAGUUGGAUUAGGCAGCGCAGUUCCAGCAUGCAUAAAGAGCCUGCUAAACUAUCUGGCAGUAGGAUGAGGAGAGGUGAGAGUUUAGAUAAUCUUGAUUCUUCAAGAACAAAUUCUUGGAAGCAUAAUUCUUGGAUGAACCAGUCUGCAUCGUCUACAUCUUUAUCAUCUAGUCAAGAUUCUAGACACCGCGUGCCUCCAGUGGUGUCCACCUCAAAUCGUGCCUACAGGAGCACUCCUUCUUCCAGCCUACCAUCUCCUUCAGUCAGUUCUAUGAAAACGUCAUCCUUUCCUCACACUCUGCCAUCUGCACCAUCUCCAUCUCCCUGUGGUCAGCCACCAUCAUCUCCUUCCCAGUCGGGAAUCCAACAACGCGGCAGGUCGGUCAGUGGAAAACGAGUAUGUUCAUACUGUAGAAACGUUCUGGGCAAAGGAGCAGCCAUGAUCAUCGAAUCACUUGGUCUUUGUUAUCAUUUACAUUGUUUUAAGUGUGUUGCUUGUGAGUGCGACCUUGGGGGCUCUCAAGCCGGAACUGAAGUCCGUAUUCGAAACAAUGAACUCUUCUGCAAUGACUGCUAUCUCAGAUUUAAAACUGGACAGUCAACCAUUAUGUGAUCAUACAAGCCUGAACAUGAAACCACUGCUACAGAUAGAGGAGGAAACUGCUGCUGUAGAUCUAUAAAUACAUAAUGUGUGCGUGUUUGUGGGUUUUUUGUUUUUUAAUUGUGCAUGUAGAUUAUAUAGAAAAAUUCAGUGUAUCCUUCAUUAAACUUGUGUCUAGUUUAUUUAUGAUAAAUCAGUAUAAGAAACUCUUCUGGAUUAAACAACAAACACUUUAAAAGUUAAAUGUAUAAUUCCAUCUUCAUGCACACAAGGGAGGAAAACACUUAAUGGGUAACUGAAACUGUUGGAAGCUGAUGAUCAAAUAGCUUUAAUUUCCCAGUUAUAUAUAAAGAGGCUAUUUUGUGUUUAAAGCUUCUAAAUGAGCAUUACUUAAAUAAUAUUUGUAACUGCAAUUUCUAUUUUUAUGUAUAUGCUAUAGAGUUGAGCAGAAUAUUAUGAAAUUGCAUUUAAAGGCAGACAGAGGUGGUUGCUGUCUAUAUUUCAGUUUCUAAGUUUAAGUAAUAUCCCUUUACAACUAAAAUAUAAACUUCAGUCUGUUUGCUUGAGAUUCAGUAUUUCAUUGUGCUUGAAUAGUUAAAUCCAAUCAGGAAAACUUUUGUGAGGUAUUUUCUUUUCAUGUUUAAAACACGUAGCUGCUGUUGCACCAAAAGUUAUUAAGACUGAAGAAUUUUUCCUUCUGUUAUCUUAUUUUGUAUUUGUAAAUAAAGUUGCUGAUGCCGCACUUAAA